AUGUUUAAGUCGGCAUUCAUAUGCGUCAUCCUCCUGCAGGUGGCUCUGGCAAAUGUCGAGCUGCCUCGCGUUCCUCUUCCUUACCCUCCAUUCACAAUCAAGAAAGAGGAGAUAAGUCCCCAGUACUGGGAGAAUUUGGCUCGCAAGGAGUUUGAUCGAUCCAAUCGACAGUUUCCUGAAUGGUUUAGUGUUGCCAAGAAGGCUAAAAAUGUCAUUCUCUUCCUUGGUGAUGGUAUGGGUGUCCCUACAGUGUCAGCCACUAGGUUUGAUGAAAACUACGCAAAGGGCAUACCCUCUAAGCACACGUAUGAGGACUGGGAAUUUGGAACUCUUUGUCGGACUUACGAUCUCGAGACCACGGUCACUGACUCCGCCUCAUCAGCAACCGCCUACCUCACGGGCACCAAGACUAGGACAGCCAUGAUCGGUGUCACAGGAGCGGUGCUAGUUAAGCAAUGCAGUCUAUACGCUGAUGAAGAGAAGACAGAGUCGGCUCUUACGGCUGCUGAAAAAGUUGGAAAGUGGACGGGUAUUGUAACAACGUCUAGAAUCACACAUGCCUCUCCUUCUGGUUGCUAUGGUCACGUAGCUCAUAGAGAUUGGGAGAGUGAUGCGAAUUUACCCAACAACGGAUGCACAGAUUUAGCCUAUCAACUGGUAACUGAACAUCCAGACAUUCACGUAUUGAUGGGAGGAGGCCAAAGGAACUUCUAUCCAGCAGGAGUCCAGUUACCAUCAGAACCUAAUCAAAAAGGCAAUAGGAAAGAUGGAAGAAGACUGACCGAUAUGUGGGAACAGAAUCAGAAACUCAAAGGCCGUAAUUAUGUCUACGCUGAUGGCCCUGAAAAAUUCAAGCAAACUACCUUUUCCAAAUAUGAUUAUGCAUUAAGUCUACUCAGUGCAUCACAUCUUCCCUAUGAGCUGGACAAGCAGCAAGGCAACCCAAGCCUUUAUGAGAUGACCAUGGCUGCGCUUGAUAUCCUCACAAAGAGCCCCAACGGUUUUUUCUUGUUCGUAGAAGGUGCUCGAAUUGAUCAAGCCCACCACGAAAACCGUGCAAAGAAAUCCUUUGCUGAAAUGCAUGCAUUCAAUAAGACAAUACAUGCAGUAUUUAAACGAGUGGAUCCAAAAGAGACCCUUUUAAUUGUCACUGCCGACCACUCGCAUUCAUUUGCGUUGGUAGGUCAACCGAGCCGCUUCAGCACCUUCUUUGCUCCUGACAAAAUCAAGGGUGAACAGACUCUGGACAAGAAGGGAAUGCUACCAAUAGGCUAUAUGACUGGACCUGGAGCAAAAAUGAAUACAACAAGGGACGACGUUAGUAAAAUGAAUGAUACAUACAUCAAUGACAAAGACACACAACUUCAGGCUCUCAUACCAAUCAACUGGUCAACUCAUGGUGGUGAUGAUGUGGCAGUAUUUGCCAACGGUCCCUUCAGUUACCUCUUUCAUUCAACGGUUGAAAAUACCUUCAUUGCCCAAGCAAUGAAAUAUGCCAUGUGUGCUCCACCCUAUACCAACGAGCCAUUCUGUGUUGCCUGCGGCCUGAAAGUCUCACUUUUUGCCAUGAUUGGACUGAUCAUGUGGUGUCUUUUUUACUAA